GUGUGCGGUGAAGAUGAUUUUUGCGCCACGACUGGUAACUUUUGGUCAUGUGAACGCUUACAGGUUAAUCAUUCAGUCUGCCAUUAUACAUAAUAAAGCCUAUAUUUUCAUCCAGAUGAUAUUUGGAUCGCUUGUUUGGCCUAAGAUUAGUAGUUGGUGCUUAAGUUCAAUCUUAACACGAAAACGUGUGAGCAAUUUCUCCUACACAUCCUACUGUAGGGCCACCAUCAACUCUCUACAAGUAUUCAUUUAUUGAAAUUCACUUCCGAGGUAAACCAUGUAACCCUGUAAUUUUUCUUCUGGGAUUAGAACAGUAUAUUGAUACACAUUUGUACGUCUGCAUGUUCCUACUUUUUAUCGUAGACAAUGUCUGUGGCUUUAUGCUUGUCUUUGCUGUUCUGUAGAAUGCCUAGAUGUUAAGAAAGUUCUGGACUUUCGUAAUAAAUUCUUGUACUAUCCUGAGAAAAUAAUCGCUGAUUUCUGCUAUCAAAUACUUGGCUAUAAGAUAGAUUGUUUAACUACACUUCCAGUGUUUUUUGUAUGCGUUUAGUAAAUUGUAUUCUCACUGCCACUUAUCUUAGCGAUCGCAACAAAGUGGUGCUUUGUGAAAUCGUAAACAUUAAUAAAUAAGGUAGCAACCUUAUAUGUAAUCUGAUCCUUGAUAUUUUUUGUGGAAUAUUGUAUUUGACUACAUUGAUAUGACAAUUUCUCAUGUUUCAUUGGUUCUGUGUCUUAGAUUUAAUAAUCACAGGUCGUUCGCAAUAAAUUAGGACUAUUCAUCGGAUGCUUAUUUAUGUUCUAAACUUUCAAAUGACACCUUUACUGGUUUAUUCCGCAGUCUUUUUUAGUAAUGUACAUAUGUAACGAUAUGUGCAUUCUGCAACAUUUUUGGCUAUCUUCCUAUAUGCUUUUCAAUUUUUGUGUUAACAGGUCUUCAUAUGCACAAUAUAGAGCAUCGUACUCUCUGUUAUGUAAGAAAAAACUAUUAUCAUUAUCUUAUUGUUCAGUAAUCAAGAAUAUGGGAAAUAUAUGUAAUUUUCUUUGUCCUCAAACAGUUAACAGAUAUUUAUCAGACCCUGAGUUAGGUGAUCCAAUUCACGAUUCGGAUGUAAAUCAUUUAUGCGCAAAUGAAACCAUACCUAUAUCAGCAGAGAACAGUAGUGUUCUUGACAAACAUACAUCUUUCUUACACAAAGAAAGAGCUUCACAUCAUGGAGAGAAAUCAAAUGACAGUUAUCAUUGUCAACCAAAGUCCGUAUCUUAUCCUCUACAAGGUCCGAAAGUGAUAAAAGAGUAUGUAAAUUUUCCAUUUCUCACGGAUAACGAGAUUGGAAAUUGGAUUAUAAAGUCUCGUUUCAUGUUUAUAUUGCGCGGGCCACCUGGUUCAGGAAAAUCUUUUUUGUCUGAAUGCAUCCGAAUACGUUUUCCUAUGGCUAAAAUUUUCUCUGCAGACGACUUCUGGUAUUUGGAAUCUGACGGGUUCGAGUAUCGAUUCGAUAUCAAUCGAUUGAAUGAGGCUCAUGAAUGGUGUCAUAAUAAUGCGUAUAAUGCUGCAUGUUCUGGAUACAGCCCGAUAGUUAUUGACAAUACAAAUAUUAGAAGUUGGGAAACACGUUACUACACAGACUUAGCUCGUCGUUUUCACUACUUUCUAAUCAUGGUCAUCCCACAAACACCAUGGCGAUUUGAUGCAGAAACUUUAACUAUGCGUAAUGUACAUUUUGUCAGUUUUGAUACCAUUGAAGCUAAAGUCCGGAAUUUCGAGCACAUCUAUCCUUUAUAUUAUGGUUGGUUUUGGUCAGCACCACCGAGUGAGGCUUAUUCUUCACUAGAUUUAUUAAAUAGAUCGACUAAAAGGCAUAAAAGUUCCUUUCACUCAAACCCAUGUAUAGAAGUGAAUCGGUUACUUGAAUGGGCAUGGGAUGCUCUCAAUACUAUUAUCGAAUUACCUGGAGUACUUUGUGAAUUAAUAAAUUCUUUCGGUCUACCCCAAGAUUCAACUGCACGAGAUAUAAUAACUCAUUGGGAAUCCGCUACAAUACCUGACUUCGGGACAGGUUUGAAAACUUGCAGCACUCCCAGUAUUCCUCACAUAACUGCUAAAUUUUCUAAAUAUGGGCGAGCUUCUGGUGCAGAACAUUACGCUCUACGUAGAUCUGUGAAUGAAACUUUACUGGGGAAAUUAUUCACAGUACAAAUAACUGGUUUAGUGAUUACUUCACGUACGAUCGGUGCUAGAGUUAAACUUCCAAACGAUGAAGUCAUUCGACAUCUUUGGGCUUCCAAUGAUCAAGAAGUUGUAUUCCCAGACAAUACUGAUAUAGCUCCUGUAAUUCGUCCAACUGGUUGUCGUGCUCAUGUUACCAUGGCUUUAGCAGCUGGUGUUUCCCCAGUAGAAACUGGUCUUGAUUUACUACGUGUUGUAGACAUGGAGUUGAACAAUCGACCAGGCGACCAUGUAGCAGUCGUUAAAAAUGGUUGUGUUCGUCGCCUUAUCAUUCCAAAAUCACACUCUAAUACUUCACCUGAGCAUUGUUUAGUUCAAAUGCCAAAUAACAACUCAAAUUACCACCCACGUAAUAAUAAUAUUUAUGUUAAUGGUACUUCACCGGUUUCACCAUCAGAUUAUGAGAUUAUUUACGUAUACGAUCUAGAUUUUCCUGAUGAUUAUCGUGUUACUUUUGCUGCUUCAUACUGAGUAAUCCUUUCGUAAGUUCCCGGUAGUAUGAUCCUUAAUUGUUAGCAUCUUCUUACUUAUCCAUCGUUCUUUGAAUUCGCAUAAUUCUUUAUCUCUCACUUUCUUCGUUCUACCUAAAGCUGUGAAUUAAAAUCUAGACAUUAAUAUAUAUAUAUAUUGUUUAUACCUACAUCCUACCUGUAUACAUAUACAUACGCAUAAUACUCUAAACUAGUUCAAUUUCCGUCAAUUCUUUUUUUUUGGAUUUGUUCAUCGAAUUCAUACGUUCCCUCUUUCUUUCUUUGUAUAUGCAUAAGUCAGAAUUUCUAAUGAACUUUUUGUCUAGUCUUAUACCUCUACUGAGUGAGAAAUGUUAUGUUUACACUAAAUUUUAAAAUGUAUCCAUCACGAUGUAACUAUGGUUGUUUCUAGUCUGUUGGUAUUAUUUGGUUGGUUGUGUACUUUAUCGCCUUAUUAGCUGCUAAAUUUGUCAUCUAUAUGGUUAAUUUCGUGUAAUUGUGUAUUUUUUCGGAUUUACUGCAUUGCUUGUAAUAUUCAAUCCAAACUAAUAGAUGUAUAUGUAUAUAUAUCAUUUAUUGGAAUUCAAUUUAAUGCUGAAUUUUUUAUUGUGAAUUGAUUUUCUUCUCUAUCAUGAUAUAUACUAUCUGAUCGUACAAGAUACAAUAGCCGGUGUGCAAAUGAUAAAUUUUUCUUCUUAUUUCUGUCUGUAUUAAAUUUUAGACGGUAAUCCAUUUUUGUAUUCACUACUAAAUUAUCAAAAAUUUAUUGUAAUCAAUUCCGUAGUUGUAGUUAAUUGAUCAUCUUAUUCAAAGCGUGUUUUCUUUUUAAACGAUUAGAAUAACUUUACCAAAUUGUCAUAAAAUAAUGGGGUAAUGAUUUGUUAUUUUCAACACAAUGAACAAUAAUCCGACUGUUGAUUGUUUCGAUGCAGCAGAAGUGUCCGCUCUGUUUUCGGUGCGAACCGAAUAGCUAUCUACUAUCAUAGACAUCAGACAUUCAACGUACGGUUAACAUGCACACCCUUCCAUUCUCACAAAAUACCACCGACAAAUAAAUAUGGAUUUUUAGAUGCAGCUGUCUGUCGAGUUCGCAUGGGAACAAUCUUGAAGGCCUUAUAGCUUGUUGUGAAAGAACUAUCACACUUGUGCUUAUAAUUUGCACCAAAUCAUCAUCCACG